AUGUCAGACAGUGAACAAUACAAAAAUUUAUAUUAUGAUUCCUUAAAUACUAUUGAAAGAGAGAAGAUUACAAAUAAAUUAGAAAAAGAGGUGUUGGGAAUUGAUGAAAGAUGGACCUGUUUCUGUAUUCCUAUGUGUUAUUAUAUCUAUGAUGCAAUGUUUAAUGUAUCAUACAUAUCAACACCAACCGUACUAUUAGAUAAUUUAGAAAUGAUCGAAAAUUUCUAUAAGAAUAAGGCUGAUAUAAAAGAGGAUCUAAGGUUUUUCUUUUCAGGUGGUGAUAGUGAGAAGAUUGCAAAAUACAAUAACUUAAUAUUGGAAAAUAAUCAAGUUGAAGAAGAAAGUAUUGAUCAUAGAUCACUGGGUAUAGCUUGUAUCAGAUAUAUAAAAGAUAAUGUUUUAUUUCUUAAAGGAAAAAUAUACAAGGUAUUUGUAGCGGUAUAUGAAGAUGAGAGAGAAGACAAGGAUUUUUAUGUUAAAAGAUUGCCAUUUAUAGUUUAUCAGAGAUCACUCCUUAAAUACUUAUUAAAAUUAUCUAAAUUGAGUAAAAAUGUUGAUCAUAAUAAAUGGGAUGCUGUUAUAUUUGAUAAAGAUUAUUAUGAUAAUACUGAUAAUCAAAUAAAUACAAGAAUUUUUAAAGAUUUAUCAAACACAGAAUACGAUAUAGUUGAUUUGGCAUUUUAUGAAUAA